AUGGACUGUUUGCCAGACGCACGAUCUCCAAAUCUACACCUCGCUCAUCCAACGGAGAACGAGAAUCUUUCGAUAUGGAUGGAUACGUCAGCGGAAUGGAAGGGAGCUCUGACUGUUUCGGAAUACAUGAAGGAAUAUCAGUACCUUAUGACCGUUCCUCUAGCAAGGGAUGGAUGCAUGACUCAGUGGAUUUUAGUUGAUAAAACUCUCCCGGCUGAUCAACGGAUAAUUCUCGCCUCGUGUGAAACUUUCCGGAAAGCAUCUCUUACCCGGGAACUAGAUGGGAGCGUCAAAGACACAAUCACUCAUGGAAUUGCAAGUGUAUACUGUGAGCCACAGUUACGAGGACGAGGCUAUCCCUCGCGAUUGAUGGACGAAUUGUCCCUGCUGCUCCCAACCUGGCAAGAUGAUGGGAGAGAAUGCGUUGCCAGCAUUCUAUUUUCCGAUAUUGGGGGAGAUUUCUAUGGAAAGCGCGGAUGGCAGCCGUUCCCCAGCCAUCAUAUCAAAUUUGAACCAGCGCUUAUGCCAAUACCCAUCGCUAUGCCGAUACUGAUUGAUGACUUGGGCCCGCUUUGCAAGCUUGAUGAGAAUUUUGUGCGGAAAUCAAUGACUGCUACAAACUCAGGGAGAUUGCGACAUAUGGUUAUACCAGACCUUGAUCAUAUAUCAUGGCAUGGAUGUAGGGAGAAGUUUGUAUGUGAGAAGCUCUUUGGGGAAGUGCCAGAGAGGAAGGGGGCUAUUGUGGGAGAUCCCGGAAAUAGAGUUUGGAUACUUUGGAAUCACCGAUUUGUUGGAGCUCCAGGAGAUACAGGCGCAGCAAACACACUAUAUAUCCUGAGAUUAGUGGUGGAGAAUCAAGCUGUUCUUCAGAGUAUUUCCACUGAGCCCACACAGCAACCAUCGCCUAACGAGGACGAAGAGCUGCUUGUUCGUUAUGCUAGAGACGCAAUACGGGCAGCCCAGAAUGAAGCCGCAGAGUGGAAAGUAAAUUCGGUAGAGAUAUGGGAUCCUUGCCCCCAAAUUCAUGCCUUGAUACAGCGAACUGGAGUUCCGUAUCAGAAGAAAACAAGGGUUGAUAAUGAAAUAUGUUGUUUCAACUGGCUGAGAAAUGGGGGAGACAAGACGGCGGCUGUGGAAUGGGCUGCAAUUGAAAGAUACUGUUGGUGCUAA